CUCUCGGGUUACCUGAGCCGGCAACCACGUCAGCGCCACAUCAUCUGGGCUUUUUAUAUUGCAAGGAAACAGGAAAAGAAGGAAGAAAAACAUCGCCCGAGAGAGCCAAUCGCAGGAAGACGGCGCUGCCCGGAGGAGCGGGGCGGGCGGGCGCGCGGGGGAGCGGGCGGCGGGCGGGAGCCAGGCCCGGGCGGGGGCGGGGGCGGCGGGGCCAGAGGAGGCGGCGGGCCGCGCUCCGGCCGGUCUGCGGCGUUGGCCUUGGCUUUGGCUUUGGCGGCGGCGGUGGAGAAGAUGCUGCAGUCCCUGGCCGGCAGCUCGUGCGUGCGCCUGGUGGAGCGGCACCGCUCGGCCUGGUGCUUCGGCUUCCUGGUGCUAGGCUACUUGCUCUACCUGGUCUUCGGCGCAGUGGUCUUCUCCUCGGUGGAGCUGCCCUAUGAGGACCUGCUGCGCCAGGAGCUGCGCAAGCUGAAGCGACGCUUCUUGGAGGAGCACGAGUGCCUGUCUGAGCAGCAGCUGGAGCAGUUCCUGGGCCGGGUGCUGGAGGCCAGCAACUACGGCGUGUCGGUGCUCAGCAACGCCUCGGGCAACUGGAACUGGGACUUCACCUCCGCGCUCUUCUUCGCCAGCACCGUGCUCUCCACCACAGGUUAUGGCCACACCGUGCCCUUGUCAGAUGGGGGUAAGGCCUUCUGCAUCAUCUACUCCGUCAUUGGCAUUCCCUUCACCCUCCUGUUCCUGACGGCUGUGGUCCAGCGCAUCACCGUGCACGUCACCCGCAGGCCGGUCCUCUACUUCCACAUCCGCUGGGGCUUCUCCAAGCAGGUGGUGGCCAUCGUCCACGCUGUGCUCCUUGGGUUUGUCACUGUGUCCUGCUUCUUCUUCAUCCCGGCCGCUGUCUUCUCAGUCCUGGAGGAUGACUGGAACUUCCUGGAAUCCUUUUAUUUUUGUUUUAUUUCCCUGAGCACCAUUGGCCUGGGGGAUUAUGUGCCUGGGGAAGGCUACAAUCAAAAAUUCAGAGAGCUCUAUAAGAUUGGGAUCACGUGUUACCUGCUACUUGGCCUUAUUGCCAUGUUGGUUGUUCUGGAAACCUUCUGUGAACUCCAUGAGCUGAAAAAAUUCAGAAAAAUGUUCUAUGUGAAGAAGGACAAGGACGAGGAUCAAGUGCACAUCAUAGAGCAUGACCAGCUGUCCUUCUCCUCGAUCACAGACCAGGCAGCUGGCAUGAAAGAGGACCAGAAGCAAAAUGAGCCCUUUGUGGCCACCCAGUCAUCUGCCUGCGUGGAUGGCCCUGCAAACCAUUGAGCGUAGGAUUUGUUGCAUUAUCCUAGAGCACCAGGGUCAGGGUGCAAGGAAGAGGCUUAAGUAUGUUCAUUUUUAUCAGAAUGCAAAAGCGAAAAUUAUGUCACUUUAAGAAAUAGCUACUGUUUGCAAUGUCUUAUUAAAAAACAACAAAAAAAGACAAAUGGAACAAAGAAGCUGUGACCCCAGCAGGAUGUCUAAUAUGUGAGGAAAUGAGAUGUCCACCUAAAAUUCAUAUGUGACAAAAUUAUCUAGACCUUACAUAGGAGGAGAAUACUUGAAGCAGUAUCCUGCUGUGGUUAGAAGCAGAUUUUAUACUUUUAACUGGAAACUUUGGGGUUUGCAUUUAAAUCAUUUAGCUGAUGGCUAAAUAGCAACAUUUAUAUUUAGAAGCAAAAAAAAAAAAACAUAGAGAUGUGUUUUAUAAAUAGGUUUAUGUGUACUGGUUUGCAUGUACCCACCCAAAAUGAUUAUUUUUGUAGAAUCUAAGUUAAACUUACUAUUUAUAAUGCAUAGGUAACCAUUAACUAUGUACAUAUAAAGUAUAAAUAUGUUUAUAUUCUGUACAUAUGGUUUAGGUCACCAGAUCCCAGUGCAGUUCUUAAACCAAGUCUAUAGAUAUUUUGUUUCUUUUGAUUUCUCUUUAUACUAAAGAAUCCAGAGUUGCUACAAUAAAAUAAGGGGAAUAAUAAACUUGAGAGUGAAUAACCAUAGUAUUCUGCUGCAAUAAAUGUUUCUACCCUCUUGGGAUA